AAAAAAAAAAAAAGUUAAAAACAGAGUGGAGAGCUGGAAGAUUGAAACAACCCACCAAGUUUCCUUAUAAUCCACGCUUCUUUCUCUCCAAAAACCAGUAUUUAGACCCUUCUGUUCCUCACAACACUCCUUUUUCUCUUAACACCACUUUUCAAGAAAGAUCUCAGUUUCAACUUCUCUCUCCUUCUGUUUUUUUUUUUUUUUUUUUUAAAAAAAAUAUUUUUCUUCUAUUUAAACUUAAUUGUUGGUUUCUCUGAGGGACUGGGUUUGUUUGUUUUUAAGGAACCCAUUUGAUUUUCAGGUGAAUUUGGCUUUUUUUUUUGCCGAAAACCCAGGAAAGAUUUUUAGAGAUUGAUUUGGUUAGUGGGUUUUAAGAAAUGGAUAAUGUUUCAAAGGAUAAUACAGAAGAUGAGCAGAUGGAAUUGCCUCCUGGUUUCAGAUUCCACCCAACAGAUGAGGAGUUGAUAAGUCACUACUUAUCUCAAAAGGCUCUUGAUAGCUGCUUCUGUGCCAGAGCUAUUGGUGAGGUUGAUUUGAACAAGUGCGAGCCUUGGGAUUUGCCUUGGAGAGCUAAAAUGGGGGAAAAGGAAUGGUACUUUUUCUGUGUUAGAGAUAGAAAAUAUCCAACUGGUUUGAGAACAAACAGAGCUACAGAAGCCGGUUAUUGGAAAGCAACAGGGAAAGAUAGAGAGAUUUACAAGGGUAAAACUCUUGUGGGUAUGAAGAAAACGUUGGUUUUCUACAAAGGCAGAGCUCCCAAAGGAGAAAAAACCAAUUGGGUGAUGCAUGAAUUUCGAUUAGAAGGCAAAUAUUCUAUGUAUAAUUUUCCACAGAGAGCGAAAAACGAAUGGGUCAUUUGCAGAGUCUUCCAAAAGAGUUGUGGAAACAAGAAAACACAUGUGUCGGGGAUGGUGCGAUUGAGUUCUUAUGAAAACAACUUCAGCCCUUCCCUACUUCCUCCAUUAAUGGAUUCUUCUCCAUACAACAGCGAUACAAGAACAACAACUGUUGGUGAGUCAUCUCACGUGACCUGCUUCUCCGACGCCAUGGAAACUCAGAGGAAAGUUCAAGAAGACACGAUUGAUACUUUCAAUACUUCUUUCUUACCUUCUUCAUCUUCCUCAAAUCCCAACUCUGCUACACUCCCUGCUUCACUCCUCAUCUCCAAAACUUUACACCCAAACUCAUUUUACUGCAAUCAGAUUCUUCAAACCCACUACCCAGAUUCGGUCAUGAACCAGGAGCAGUCCAUUUUGAAAAUGUUAAUUGAAAAUCAAGGAGUAAACAGCAGGAGAAAUCCCAAAUCAGAGUUGUCUCAAGAUUCCAUGGUGUCUAGCCAUGAACUCAUUCAGAGCUCCCUUGAAGAUCCUUCCACUCCAGCAGGACCAGUAGAUUUAUAUUGCCUCUGGAACUAUUGAAUUUCAAAGAUGUGGAUUUAUUGUUUGGUAUACAAAAUUAUGGUGUGUGAAUAGAUUGUGUAAGUUAAAUCCGAAUAAUAUAGAGAGAGAGAGAGAAAAAAAAAAAAAGGUGAAAAGGUUAAGCAUGUAAAGUAAGUUAAGUGGAAUAUUUCUACAGUUUCCUUCUCCUGUAUUUUGUUUUUACUCAUUGAAAAUUAAUUGUCAAAAAUUGCUUGUAUACAAACAUUUUUGACUAUGCCUUUUAAGUAAUAUAAGCUACCAGCCUUGUGGGUUUA